GAGAAUUUCAACUAAACCUCAUCUGUUCAGGCACAUUGCUGUUGUUUUGAUCGCGAUUUUGCCGGUUUGGCCCAAUUUUUUGACAAGAACUGCGGCGGCAUGAGUUGUCAAAGGGCAGUUUUGACUCUGCUGGUUCGCUCGGGAACCGUUUUGCGGGCUGGCACCGUCUGCCAGUCGCAGAAAAUCCUCCUGCGGCCGCAACUGCCAACGACCUUCUCGGUGCUGACCAGAUUUUACGCCAAAGGCAAGGGCAAAGGCGGCUCCGACGGCAAGCACAAGAAAAAAGGCGCCGUCGCCGUCAAUGAAAAUGAAUUGGCCGAAAUUUUGGAUGUCGACGCCAUGAAGGCCCAGAUGCAGAAGGCCCUCGUCGUCCUUAAGGACGAGUUUGUUAAAAAUUUGUCUCUUCGUUCAACGACAGGUUCCAUCGAAACGAUCAAGGUAAAAUUCGACGGAAAAGACCACGCCCUGAACGAGCUGGCUCAGGUGGUGCGGAAAAACCCAAAAACGCUGGUUGUGAAUUGCACGUCGGUGCCGCAGUCGAUUCCCAACAUUCUGCAGGCGAUCAAACAGUCAGGAAUGAAUCUGAACCCUCAGCAGGAUGGCACGACCCUUUUCAUCCCCAUCCCCGUAGUGACCAAAGAACACAGAGAGGGGCUGGCGAAAAACGCAAAGGCGCUUUUUAUCAAGGGUAGAGACGCCAUCAAAGACGUGCAGAAUAAACACAUUCGAAGCCUAAAAAAGGCGUCCAACGUGCCUGAAGACACCGUUUUCGCAGCUCAGCAACAGAUUACUGCGAUGGCGGAUAAAUACGUAGGAGAGGCGGAAAAAAUGUUGCAAGUCAAACAAGCCGAGCUGAUUGGCAAAUAGAUUUAUGUAGAAGUGAUGAAAGUAAAUAAAUAAAACGCUUAAUUUUUACUAAAUCUA